UUUCAGUGAACCCACGAGUGGCGAGUCCCAAACAAAAGCAGCUGCUGCUCGAGGGAAAGUGCAAAGCUUAUAGAGGCGCUGACGAAAAACCGAGCGCCUUGUAUCUCCGGCAGUGCUCUUCUUCAUCAGAGAUCAGUGAGGACGUGUUCCCUUAGGUUUAGGCCAAUACGUUGUUGCGUCUACUAGCAUCCAGCUGAAUGUCGUCUCCUCUUCAAUACAACAAGCCCAAGGCUGGAUAGGUGGAGCAAGAGUCGAGUCAAUACCACUAGCUAACUAGAAGUAGAUAAAUUAAUUGUCCAAAAGGAGGACGAACAAAGUGGAUCUUCAGGAAAAAGCGUUCGAUCCUUCGCCUUCCUUCCAACGCACCGAAUGCCGACCUGUUUCCAGCAACUGUCUAUUGAACGAGUCUUCAGGUUGCUCUGCUCCUGACGAGCAACAAACGAAGGAACUUCACUAUGAACAACGACGGCGAGAAUGGAGGAGGCGGGGGCCCUCAUAAUAUGCUCUAUGGCCAGCCACAACACCUCCAAGUGCCGCCGCCUCAACAACAGGACGCCAACUAUAGCACAACACCCGGACAUCCACCGCAACAACAGCCUCAGCAUGCUAUCCCAGGCACAAACCCGACACCCACUUUUGGAGCACAUUCCAUUUUGAUGAACAACGCCACUGCUGGAAAUCGACGGAGACCGGGGGAAGAUGAUCCUCCUCCCGAUCAGUUACGGACGGGAAUGCAGCCAACGCCUCUCUUCGAACGGCUUGUCACUGAAGAAGUGCAAGAACUCAAAGCGUAUGCCAGGAUUAUUGAAAAUCAGAAUCGAAGAUUGGCAGAGCUAGAGAGAGUGCAUGGUGAUUUAGAAGUCAGAUUAGAACAAGAGUGCAAAGCUAGAAUGAGACUGGAAGCCACAUUAGAGCAACAUGAACUGGCAUGGAAUGAACGCUAUUCCAAGCUGGAGAAAGAGAGGGAUCAUUGGAAAGAGGUUGUCCAACUGGAGCAAACCAAGAAUUCAAGGCUUAUUGAACAAGUAGUACGGAAAGAAAAAGAUAUCCAAAAGAUGCUCCAACGAAAGUAUGAUCAACCACCACGAGAAGGUGCCCACUACAAUCAAUCUGGCCGAAGCUUCCGGCAAGGCCCCAAUGAGAAGGAAAGGAGCAUUACACCAAACUCCUCGUCCAGAUCACCUUCCUUGGAUCAACAGAAGAGCCCACAUGAGAUUCUGUUCGACAAUGGACCCGCAGAGGCCGCACAUCCGAACAACGACCCGGACAAGCCAAGGAGCACGUCGCCGGAAUCAUACCGGGAGGGUUUCAUAGAGGAUCAUCACUGUGAUCUAGACGCAAGCAAAAAAAGCUUAGUUCUUGGGAGCCGCGUCUGGGAAGACACGUUGACCAAGUCCAACAGCGAAAUUCUCGUCGUCGACGAAGCGACUGUGGCGGAACCAGCAACCCCGGAACGCCGACCUCUGGUGGAAAACGUCGAGGAUACCGAGAAGAACGAGGAAGAAGACGGCGGCGGCAAGCCCACAUCUCGACUGUCAGACUCGAGUAGUGCACUGCAUCGUCUUUCGGCGUGGUCGUCGUCCAUGAGAUCUUCCAUGAUUAGCUUCAAUCCUUUGAGCCGGCCUGCACAGGAACCACCACCCGAUUGGGAGAUACCCAAGCCUGGAUUCAAGCACGCCGAAACGCAAACGCUGAUAUAACACACACGCACCCUGGUGGUGCCAUGUCUUCAUUAUUGCAACAAAUUGGGUUCGUCUAGUGAUGUCACACGACUAUUAAUAGUGUGGUUCGUGCAUUUUGUGUCCAGCAUGAACACUCUGUGUCAGCCUGACUUACCUUCCUGUACAACAGUGUAACACUUACUAAUGCAAUACUCAAACAUUUAACUGUAUAGGAUUAGAUAUAGCGAAGUUUAGGAGGUUUUAGUGUUAGCAUUGAUGUUUAUAUCCCAAAC